AUGAAGCGUCGAAAUCAACUAGCUGCAUUGGCUAAUUAUCAUCGAAAAAUGUUAAGAACAUGCACGCAUGUACCAAUUCCUGAAGUAAAACCGUUUCAUCCCACAAUGACUGAAAACGUUACCACUUUUCCUGAUGAAGUAGGAUGUUCUCUAGUUGAGAGCCGAAAAAGUAACGACACCGAUGUAAUAGAAGACAGCGAAGAUGAAAACAUUAGUCAAAGGGGGAAUAUACGUCGUUUGGUCAUAUCAAACUCAAGUGGCGAAGAUAACAUAGCUACUUCGACGAUUACCUUUCCUCGCUCACAUACUUAUUUUGGAAAUGAGCAUCAAGCUAGUCCACUAAAAACAGAUAACGGUAUUAGUAACCCAAACAAAAAGAUCCACAUACUAUCAGAUGUUGUUAUAAAAGAUUCGAGAAAUGCUGAAAUAUCAACCAUUUCUGAAACCCGUAAGUACAACACGGUCGCUACCACUGACGUGGCCGCAUCUUGUACAGCAGCUGCACCAUCUGAUGCCAAAGAAAUCUGUAAUGAAAAUAGGGAUGUUACUACUUACGGAUCUCUUCAGCAGUCUCCAAACUCACAAGCAGCAGAACCAUUUGGUGCCAAAGCUUCUGUUUCUGGAAUCUGUAAAGAAAACUUUGAUGCUACUACUUACGGAUCUCUUCAGCAGUCUCAAAACUUAGCAGUGGCAGAACCAUUUGGUGCCGAAGCUUCUGUUUCUGGAAUUUGUAAAGAAAACUCAGAUGCUUUUACUUACGGAUAUCAACUACAGUCUUCCUGCAAACAAGUACCAGUACCAUCUGAUGCUAAAAGAGCUAUCGAGUUUAAAACCCGCAAACAAAACUCAAAUUCUGAUGUCAAAAAUAUUAGUCUAUUUGAAGAUCAUACGGUUGAAACUACAAUGGAUGUUAUUAUCUGCACUGAAAUUCACAGAACUACUUUGGAUGGAGCGCCUAAUCAUACUGAAAUUGACAAAUGGACAAAAUCAGGAAAAAGAAAGAGGAACAAAACAGUGAAGAAAUCUUUUAUAGACUUUUUGUCCGACGAAGAAAAACUAGACUUCUCGUCGGGUAGUUCUGACAAUUGGUCAUGCAAGGAAUCAGAUUCAAGCAGUGGUGAAGAACACUUUACCAAUAAGAUGAAGAAGAAGAGAGUUAAGAAACGUGCCUGUGUAAUAUUUGGGGAAAAUGAACAAAUAAGAAAAAAAGAGAAGUCAAUUAAUAAACGUAAAACUACUAAGACCUUAAAAGAUGCAGGAAAAAAUUAUGAAAACAAGAGUGGAAAACUUGUACCGGAAAAAAAAUGA